AUGUCGAACAGCGCAGAUCUUCAGGUCAGCGAGGUGUUCAACCUCAAGGGCAAGGUCGCACUUGUCUCUGGUGCUGGCUCCGGAAUCGGUUUGAUGAUCUGCCAGGCCCUGAGUGUAAAUGGUGUAAAGGUAUACAUUGUGGGCAGGACUGAGGAGAAGCUCGAGACUGUCGCCGAGGUGCAUGGCAAGAACAUCGCUGGCUCAAUCAUUCCAGUCGUAGGGAAUGUGGCAACAAAAGACGGUGUAUUAAAGCUGGUUAAGGAGAUUGAGUCGAAAGAGAAGCACCUAGAUAUCCUCGUGAACAACGCCGGUAUUGCGCCUGAGAAGACCGACACAGACGUUGAUAGCGCCGAGGAGCUGAGCAAGAACCUCCUGGAACCCACGUCUGAGAAGGAGUGGCUUGAUGUCUACCAGACCAACGUCGUUGGACCUUUCCUGAUGAGCGCUGCUUUCCUUCCUCUCAUCGAGAAGUCCACAAAGGCACAGCAAGGAUGGUCGGGCACUAUCAUCAACAUCAGCAGUAUCUCCGGUCAUGUCAAGAUCUCGCAGAACCACUUUUCUUACAACGCGAGCAAGGCUGCAACGAUCCACCUCAACAGGAUGUUGGCGUCCGAGAUUUCGAAGAACGAGAUCAAGGUCCGAGUCAACAGCAUCGCUCCAGGCGUGUUCCCUUCAGAGAUGACUACGCAAGAGAGCAGAGACGACAACCAGAAGUCGGAAAUGCCCAAGGACCACAAGGAGGGUCUGCCUUCUAGCCGGCCGGGUAAGGACAGCGACAUGGCUCAAACCAUCCUCUUCGUUGCCAGUUGCCAGUAUCUCAAUGGCCAGACUGUGACCGUCGAUGGAGGCUACACACUCCAGGUCGGAAACUGA